CCAAUGCCGAAGAGAAUCGUUGCUGUCGGAGAUUUGCAUGGAGACAUUCAUGCGACAAGGCAGGCCUUGCGACUAGCUGGGGUUUUGCAUAUGAAGCGAGAUGAAUGGAUCGGAGGAGAUACAUUCCUGGUGCAGGUUGGAGAUCAAGUUGAUAGGGGGGAUGAUGAAAUUCAGGUGAUGUCGCUUUUGCAUCGCUUGGGCAAGCAAGCGCGAGCCGAAGGAGGGAGGGUUGAGGUUCUUGUCGGGAACCAUGAGCUAAUGAGCGCACAAGGAAACUUCAGAUACGCCACCAAGGGAGCUAUGAGGAACUUUCAAAGGUGGUCGAGUAUAUGUCGUAUCAAACGAUUGAUGCCACCUUUCUUGUCACGUCAUUUUGGUUGUGAUAUCUACCAUGGCAUGGAGGAUUGUGGAGAUGAUAGUAUAUGCACUCGGAGGCUAGACAAACUUGAAUCUGACGCUCGUGCAAGAUAUCUUUCCUUGAGAUCUGGAGGGACGUUUGCAUCAAAGUUUCUCGCCGAAGAGCGAAAGGCAAUCCUGAUUGUUGGUGACACGGUGUUUGUGCAUGCUGGUCUCCUUCACAAACACUUUAAAGGAGAGAUAUCAUCGACGGAAGCAAUCAAUGUAUUGAAUCAAGAGGUGGCUGCCUUCUUGAAAGGCGAAAGGCGAGCUCCUCCUUCAAAAACAUGGGGGAAUGAUGGAAUAUUGUGGACUCGACGAUUCUCAAAGAUCGAUUUGUGUACGGACACUUGCAAACAACUUAAGAAAACCCUAAAUCGACUUCCAGGAAACGUGAGGAGAAUGGUGGUCGGACACAGCGUACAGCGAGAUGGUAUCAGUCCUGCUUGUGAUGCAUCGGUUUGGCGGAUUGACGUUGGUAUGAGCAAGGGCGUUCUAGCAACUUCUCCGCAGGUGCUUGAAAUCAAGCAAGAUGGCAGCGUGAACAUCCUUGGAAAAUCGAUUGAGACUUGAGAAUCAUCCGAUGGAUAUGGUUUUGCUAGAAUCAAAUUUGAAUCAUGAAUAGUUUGUGGAUGAUUG